AUGACAAGGAGGAUGUCAUCUGAGGGGGACGGCGAUCCUCUAUACCUCAUCCACUAUGACAGUGAGGGGCUGCACACGAGGACGCCAGAGGUCAUAGAGGGUGUGAAGAAGCUCGUCGCCCGCUCGGCGACCGUCCCGUACGCUAUGAAGGCCUUGAAGGACGCCAAGCGCAUACUCAUUCAGGGUAACGACACCGACUGUGGAGUGUUCGUGUGUAUGUACCUGAACGGACUGGUCAGCACGGGAUUCAAGACGGUGUUUACCUGGGUGUCAUGCAACGGCGUCACAUCACGCACCUACAGGAGAGGCAUGCGCAGGGAUGUGGCCAGUCAUGCAGUGGGGGAGCUGUUUGUGCAGCUGUACAUGGAGGAAGUCGAGGUGCUGCCCCAGCCGCAUGCGCGUGUAGACGACGACGGUUGCAUGCUGUUUCCAACGGAGGACGAGGUCAGAACGGACCUGGCGCAGCUGUCCCCCGAUAGGAACAGCAUGGAGGUGGAUGGUGUCCUCCUUGGCAGCCGCCGUAAUGAGGCCACCAAGGUGAAGGCAAGCGGUACAGGGGGUCUGGUGAAACGUGGGGGAACGAGCGAGUACACCGGGGUGUGGUACGACCUCCAGAGUGCGGAAGUGGUGCGUCAAAAUCAUUGCAGACCCGGAAACUGGGAAGCAGGUUCGCCUUGGGGGUACUUGAAGGAGGAGGACGCGGCGUAUGCGUACGCCGCUGGCGCGUUUGUGAUCAGACGGAAGGACCACUUCCCCAAGAUGAUGUCAUUGUCAGAUGCGGAGAUGGCUGCACUGGAGGGGGCUAUCGUGGAUGACGUUAGGCAUCUUGUACAGAAGCGCAAAUGGUACAGGUGGAGGGAGUGGCGUAAAGCCAUGGACUACAUUGGUGUACUGCCAGGAACACCCUUCAAGCCGGAGCCAGCGUCGACGCCCCCUCGCGACGCGAGAGAUGAUCGGGAUGGCUCGAGCUCUUCGUCGCGCGAGACGACGUCGAAUCGCCGCAAGGCUGGAACGGCCCGGUCGCAGGAGGAUGCGCGCACCGCGCGGAGUGGAAAGAGGAGCAGGGACCCAGACCUAGAGGACGAUGAAGGGCGUGAAGAACCUGCAGCGACGGGCCCGGGCCCAGUGUCGUCAGACGACGACCCAAACGAAGCUCUUCCAAGGGUCAAUCCGCGCGUCGACGGCGACGAAGACGCCACACAGGAGGAGGCCUCAGAUUCCGCGCCCGUGACCAGGGCGGAGAUGACGGCGCUGCGCAAGAUGCAGAUGGACACGGCAGCUACAAUGGCACGGCUGGAGACGGCACUGCUGGCCUCGCUGGCCAACCACCAGGCGAAGAAGCGCAACGUGACAACGCAAGAGGCGAGUGCGACAGGGUCAACCCACGUGCGGACGUCGAGCUCACCGAUCCUGCAGUGUGCGCUGAAGUUUUUUACCCGCGAACAAAGGGUGGAAGGUGGGGUGAUAGGGUUGAUGUCUUGCAUGGUGGGGGCGCAUUGUCAAUCGUGGACGGCCUCCGCGAUGUGCGCGCUCGUGGACGUCAUGGCUGCCAUCGAGCAGUACCAGCUGCAGUACGACCCCACGACGUCGUCGUGGGCGUGGGGCCGCCAUGGGCUGCGCUUGUCUGCGGAUGGAGUUGAGAGGCAGGAGCCCGCCAAGCAGGCACACAGCGAGAGCGACGGCUAG